UCAAGAUGGCGGACGAGAAGGAAGRAAAGUGUGUCCUCAUCAAACAAGGAGCAGAAGCUAAAAUAUUCUCCGGGGAAUUUUACAACAAGCCAGUUGUUAUCAAGGAGAGAUUUAGCAAGUCUUACAGGCAUCCUUCGUUGGAUGAGAAGCUUACUUGCCGGCGUACCGCUCAGGAGGCACGUGCUUUAUUGAGAUGUAGAAAGGCAGGGAUCCCAACACCGUGCGUGUACUUUCUUGAUCUAGAGAAGAAUAGAAUCGUAAUGGAGAGAAUACAAGAUUGCUACACAGUCAGGGACCGUAUCAAUAGUCUUUUAGAGGAGAACUGUGAUAGUGCAAUGGGYAUGUUAAAUGAUAUUGCUGAUAAUAUUGGAUCAACCCUAGCACUCAUGCAUAAUGUGGAUUGUAUUCACGGUGAUUUAACCACAUCAAACAUGUUGUUGAAAAAACAAAGCAAGGAUCAGGUUAUAACCUUGAUUGACUUUGGUCUUAGCUCUGUAUCUGCACUACCCGAAGACAAGGGGGUGGAUUUGUACGUCCUUGAAAGAGCAUUUCUCAGCACUCACCCAAAUACUGAAGAACUCUUCAAGAAAAUAUUGGUCACGUACAAGAAACUAGCCAAGAAGGCAGAUGAUGUGAUUAGGAAGUUGGACGAGAUCAGAAUGAGGGGAAGAAAGAGGACCAUGGUAGGAUAGAACUCACAUCAUUUGUAAACUUUUUGAUAUUAGUUAGGUUUAUUGUAGGAAUACUUUACUUUAAAUCAUUCUAAGGGAAUUUCUGUUAGGUUUAACAGACAAGUCUGAGCGGCCAGUUCUCAAAUGGUAUGCGUUAUUUCUCCAGAACUGGUUGACCAAGAUCUAAAAACUAAAUUGAAGUAGCAGUAAAAUGACCCUUUUCCUUUUUUACCAAUUACAUUUUUGGCAUAUGAUUAUCAAAAAAAUACCUUCACAGAUGUGACUCAAGAACUCACAUUCCAACAAAGUUUGGAAUCAGAAAACAUUGUUCCUAUAUGGAUGGUUGUAAAAUUUAAUAUCUAAAGCACUGAUGAACAAGUAGAUUAUUUUACUAACUUUACAGGGGCAUUCCACACCUUUUGCAACAAGUUCCAUAAUUGGUUAAAAUAAAAUACAUGGAAUUAUAAAUGACAAAGUGAUCGGUCUUCCAAAACAACUAAGCACAACCUAACCUAACAAAAUAGGUUCUUUACUCAUGGGCAAUCAAAGAGUAGGUUUCAAAACAGUGAAGCCAUUACUACUGACAUUACAGUUAUUCUUAGUUACACAAUAAAAUUACUAUAGAUUGUGACGAGAUAGCAUUGUGUCAAAAUGAACAUCAAAAUAUUCAAAAUAUUCAAAAUAUUAAAAUUUAUAUUUAAUGCCAUUUCUCCUAUAGUCAACAUUAUAUAAUCUAAAACUUUGCUUUCUUACUAAUGUACUAAUGUUUAUGAAUAGAGGACAAACACUGCAAGCCCGCAACACUUUGCAUUUCUUAGCACUAAUUAAACAAUAGAAUUAGCAUAAUUUAUAGCACUUUUUAGUAAUAGUUAGGUAGCACGCUUCUAGGGUUUGAAAAUGAAUGUAUUCUAAAAAGGUAAAGGUAAAGUAAUAUUUAACGACAGUAGUUCGUUCAGUUGAAUUUCAACUGCUAUCAAUGGAAGUCAACGGUGCACACUUUACCCCUCUCUCCAUCAGUGCUCUGUUUUAAGAGUAUUUAAUCUGAAGCUACACGGAUUAGACAGAAGUCGAAACAGACGUUGAGAUCCUAAGAAUCGAACUUUGGACCUCAAGCUCUGAAGGUCACGCACUAACGGAGCUACGCCUGCUCCUUAUCUUCUAAUCUAUUAAUAAAGUGUACACAUAAAUAUACUAAUUAAUAAGCUCCCUUAAAAAAUUGUAGUGCUUUUUAGUAUUUUUGUUGUGUGACAUUGGUAAAUAUGCAUCAGGAGUGCAGCUUGAUGGUGGAAUUAUUCUAUUCUAGAAUUUAUUCUGGUUUUUUUAAUAGGUAUACUCUAAAAAGAUAUGUAAUUCACUUGCGUGACCAUGGUUACACAGUGAAUGUAUUGAGCACUAGCUUCAGGUCCAACCUCAACUUGGAGCUAUUGUUUAAUGGUCACCCAAGUGAAUUCAGGAUCUUAAUUAGGAAUUCAUUGUUACUACUAUAAAACUACUGUUACUACUAUAAACCCCUGCAACUUGUCA